UGGUCUCCGAGGCAGCAGGGGGCGACUGCUCCGUGGCGCAGGGCGAGGAAAUCUCACCGCACGAGGAAGUCAGGGACGCGGACACGACAGCAGGAGCCAUGAAGCUGGUGCAGUGCACUUACCAAGCGCGGAGUCGGCUGGGGCUGCUGACGGACGGCGACAAGGCAGUAAAGCUGCUCUCUGAGGAGACGCUGCCGACCAGCACCGUGCAGCUGCUGGAGCUGGGGACGCCGGCGCAUGUGCGAGAGCUGCUACGCGCCGCUGAGAGCUCAGCACCAACGGUGCCGCUGGCCGAGGUCCAGCUGCGCGCGCCUGUGACGCGGCCCGACAAGGUGCUUUGCAUCUGCAUGAAUUACGUGGACCUUUGCGCCGAGCAAAACCAGCCGGUGCCCACCGAGCCGGUGGUGUUCAACAAGUUUCCGAGCUGCAUCGUCGGCCCGGCGGACGACAUCGUGCUGCCGUCGGCGACGAGCCAGCUGGACUGGGAGGUGGAGCUGGCCGUGGUGAUGGGGCAGCGCUGCCGGGCCGUCAGCCGGGAGCAGGCCGCCGACUACAUCUUCGGCUACACGGUGGCGCACGACGUCUCGGCGCGGGACUGGCAGCUGCACCGCAACGGCGGCCAGUGGCUGCUCGGCAAGGCCAUGGACACGUUCUGCCCGCUGGGGCCGAGCCUGGUGACGGCCGACGCGCUCGAGCCUCACGCUCUGGCGCUCGCCUGCCGCGUCAACGGCGCCACGCGCCAGAACAGCACCACGCGCCAGCUGGUGUUCGACUGUCAUCAGGUGGUGGCGCACAUCUCGCAGUGCCUGACCCUGCUACCCGGCGACGUCAUCUUGACAGGCACGCCGCCCGGCGUCGGCGUGUUCAUGAAGCCGCCGCAGUUCCUGCAGCGCGGUGAUGUCGUCGAGUGUGAGAUUGAAGGCAUCGGCACCAUCCGCAACAGGGUGGUCUGAGCGGCGCCGGCGGUGUGACUUCUCGCGCUGGAAACGGCCUCACAAAUAGGUGGACAUUGUUCUAUUAUCAUGGUGAAUGUAAAAGAGAUGUUCCCAUGCUAACAUGGCCAGCGACGACAUUCCAUACGCGUCACUCCUGCCAACCGGGACACUCAUGAGUGGCAAUACACCGCACGAAACGUCA